AUUAUACAGGUCAAAAAGCAAACAAAUUAAACCAAUCCUCUUAGAAUGUAUAACAAAGCAGGACUAUGGACGUGUGUAAUUUGAGAGAUAUUAAAUGAAUAUUUUGCCAGGUGAUAGAUUCUAGAGAAACUAUUCGAACACCUUUGCUCGGAUUCCUCCUGCUUUUUAAGGAACUGUGAGAUUAAAAAUACGUUUAUCCUUGAAAUACUUAGCUUACAGUUGUCUGGUCAUGUAUUGAUUUUUCAAAUUGAAAAUCACAUAUUUAAAAUGAACGAAUCAAUCGCAGUAACACCCGGUCCGAGAGUGUUCGAUCGGCUGGAGUUCUUGUCGGAGUCCCCAGCAGUGGGCGUGUUUCUACUGAUCGUUCUAAUAUUUGCUUCACUGAUCGGAACAUUUGGAAACAUGCUGAUUUUAGUAUCCCUUUGCAAGUCUAAGAAGAUGAAUUCGCUAGAAUGUAUUUUUAUCGGAAAUCUUGCAAUAUCUGACACCUACGUCACACUGGUGGCUGACCCGAUGAGCAUCAUUGCAAAACUAGAGGGUGAGAUCUUUUUCAACGCUCUGCCAGGAUUAUGCCGAACAAUAGCCUACUUGUGCACCAUUGCUUGUGUAAAUUCGCUUGGAUCCAUAACAUUGAUGAGCUUUAACCGAUAUAUUUUCAUUUGCCACCACAAAUACUACUACACACUUUUUAAGAAACGCACCUGCAUUGCAAUGUGCUUUGGUUUGUACCUAACUGGGUUAACACUUGUGCUGCUGAAUUUGGCGGGAAUCGGAGAUCAUUCGUUUGACAGAAAAAGCCUGGAGUGUAUAUGGGAUCGCAUGGACACUUAUUAUUACACUGUGGCAUUUUCUGUCAUCUUGGUAUGGAUUCCGGUUACCAUCACCGGAAUAUUUUACUUGAAGAUAUUCUUAACAGUCCGAAAGAGCACGAGGAAAAUAACGGAAGUCACGUGCACAGACCACAACCAGAAAUCCGUGAAUCUUGCACGUACACUAUUCUUUAUAUAUAUUAUAUUUUCUACCUGCUGGAUUCCGUACGCCUUGAUUAUAGUCGUUGACAGAAAUGAUACAUUUCCAUACGAAGCCCACCUGGUUCUCACCGCUUUCGGCCAUCUGCACCCCUCCAUUAACUGGCUAGUUUACUAUUUCACCAAUAAGAAAUUUCACAAGGCUUUCAACAAACUUGUUAAGUUGCACAAGCUUUUCCGCUUGUGCAAAAUGAAGAAGAAAGAAUCGGCCAUUGAAAUGUCCAAGACAGUGACUAACUCCAAUGAUAUGUUAACAAAAUCACACAACUAUUUUUCUUCUACAGCUACAGAGUAACGUGGUUGUUUCUUCAGCUACAGUCACGUGAUUGUUUUUUUUUCCAGCUAGAGUUACGUGGUUGGUUUUUUUUUUUUUUUCAGCUACAGUCAUGUAGUUGUUUCUUCAGCUACAGAGUCACGUGAUUGUUUCUUGUUCUGAUGAUUGCAAACUGUAUUUACAUGUACAAGGAUAGGGAAUAUUUCGAUAAGAGGAUCUCAGGAAUCCUUCGUCACUAAUGAUAAGACUUUAGGAUCAUUCAUGAUCAAUAAUGAUUAGACAUAAUAAUUAUCCAUUAACAAUAAUAAUCAGGCUUCAUAAUCACCCCUGAUUAAUUAUUGAUGUCUAUGUACGUGCAUUCACCAAGUUACAGAAACGUCAACAAGCAUAUAUAGAAGCUUGUUGGUGCCUUAUGUACUACCGGGGAUGAAGAGGAUAAGUAAGUAAUGUACGUGCAUUCUGCAUUAAAUGAUUCGGACAUUCCUCUC